AUGCAGGCGCUGCUCCCGCCCGCUCUGCUCCUCGCUGGCCUGGCCCAGUUCUGCUGCAGGGCACAGGGCACUGGGCCAUUAGACACAACACCUGAAGGCAGACCCGGAGAAGCGUCAGAAGCACAUCGGCGUAAACAGUUUUGUCACUGGCCCUGCAAAUGCGCUCAUCAGAAGCCCAAUUGCCCUCCUGGAGUGAGCUUGGUGAGGGAUGGCUGCGGAUGCUGUAAAGUCUGUGCUAAGCAACCAGGGGACAUCUGCAAUGAGGCCGACGUCUGCGACCCACACAAAGGGCUGUAUUGUGACUACUCGGCAGACAGGCCUAGGUACGAGACUGGAGUGUGUGCAUACCUUGUAGGUGUUGGAUGUGAAUUCAACAGGGUACAUUAUCAUAAUGGCCAAGUGUUCCAGCCCAGUCCCCUGUUCAGCUGCCUCUGUGUGAGUGGGGCCAUUGGAUGCACGCCUCUGUUCAUACCAGAGCUGGCUGACACUGACUGCUCUCAAGCUGAAGGUGGAAAGAAGUCUAAUCAAUCAAACUGUGGCCUGGGACCAUUACAACAGCAGCUCUCAAGCUACAAAACAGUGCCAGCUUAUAGGAAUCUCCCACUUAUUUGGAAAAGAAAAUGUCUUGUGCAAGCAACAAAGUGGACUCCCUGCUCCAGAACUUGUGGGAUGGGAGUAUCUACUAGGGUAACAAAUGAAAACAGCAAUUGUGCAAUGAGAAAAGAGAAAAGACUGUGUUAUAUCCAGCCUUGUGACACUAAUAUAUCAAAGACAGUAAAGAUCCCCAAAGGAAAAACAUGCCAACCUACCUUCCAACUCUCCAAAGCUGAAAAAUUUGUCUUUUCUGGAUGCUCAAGCACUCAAAGUUACAAACCCACAUUUUGUGGAAUAUGCUUGGAUAAGAGAUGCUGCAUCCCUAAUAAGUCUAAAAUGAUUACCAUUCAAUUUGACUGCCCAAAUGAAGGGUCAUUUAAAUGGAAGAUGCUGUGGAUUACAUCUUGUGUAUGUCAGAGAAACUGCAGAGAACCUGGAGAUAUAUUUUCUGAGCUCAAGAUUCUACAAGCACAUGGAGGAAAAUUUAAGCCAUUUACUUCAAGUUUGGAAGACGAUAGCAAGCUUAGUAAUGUUCUGUUCAUUUGUAUAAAUGGUGACAUGAAAAACAAGUAG